UUCUACGGAGCCGGAUAAUACUUCACGUACCUCAUAUGGGAUGGCCCUGUAAAUUGUGCAACACUGUGGUACCAGGAAAGAGUGACAUUUUAAAGCAUUAUAGACUGCAUCAUGGGACUUUUGGACACAGCCAUGCCUUGCCUUGUAUUCAUAUAGAUUGCCCAUGUUCUUUUAAAUCCUGGAGUUCCUUCCGCUCUCACCUCUCAAGAUACCACCCAGAAGCUAAAUCCUUCAUCUCACCACAACCAGUGCCUGCUACCUUCUCCUCAAGAAACAAGAUUGGAGGAAACGCGCAUGAAAAUUGGUCCCUCAUACGACUGUUGCCAUUCAUUAUUGGACACAAAAUACCUUUGAGUGAUCCAGCCUGGCUUCUGUUGAUGUCUUUAAAAGACAUUGUUGAGCUUGUUGUGGGUCCAGUCCAUAAUGAGGAAAGCAUUGCAUAUCUUGACUCAAAAAUUUCUGAACACCGACACAGAUUCCAGGAAGUGUUCCCUAAUGAAGAAUUAAUCCCGAAGCACCACUUUUUAGAGCACUAUCCUGCUUUGAUAAAAGCUUUUGGACCAGUUAUAGCUUUCUGGACGAUGCGGUUCGAAGCAAAACACAGCCAGUUUAAACGGAUUGUAAGGCAUACUGGCAACUUCAAGAACAUUCUCCUGUCCCUGGCUACAAAGCACCAGCUUAUGAUAAGCCACAACCUGCAUUCCACAACAGUUUUGCCUGCUCUUAGUGUUGUAAGAGUAACAUCAGUUCCAGUGGAUGUCCUACAUGUAAAUGUUCAGGAGUCAAUCAGGCAUAUAUCUCCUUCUCAGUCUCAUGUUCAGCUGGCUGACACAGUCACCUAUCAGGGAUCGAGGUACUCAAAAGGCAUGAUUGUGGCCUUUGGUUCUACUGCAGGUCUUCCUGAUUUUGCAGUGAUUCUUCAAAUUGCACUUAUCGAGGAAAGAGUGUAUUUUAUUGUGAGAACACAGAUAUCCUGGUUUGAUGAACAUUAUCGCGGAUAUUAUCUGGAGAAGACAGACCACAUAACUCUCGUUGAGCAACGAUGCCUUACUGAUGUAUAUCCUCUGUCUGCCUAUAUUGUUGCAGGAAAGCAAAUGGUGAUAUUGAAGCGCCACAUCUGUCUCCAACAUAACUCUUCUUAGAAAUGGAGCAAACUGUGAGAUUCCGGGUCCUCAUCGAUCAUGAAAUCAAGAAACUCACUCUCAGCAGUGGCAUGCCCUCAACUGUGAAUGAGUUGGUUGCAGCUGUCAAAGAACAUUUUUCCAUCCCCACAGAUAUAAGUCUUCAAUACAAAGAUGAGGAAUUUGAUGACUUCUUCACCCUAACAUCUACCAAUGAGCUGAAAGAUAAGUGCACACUUAAAGUUGUGUAUACACCGCUGGAGUUGACGCUGACCGUUGUUCCCCAGGAAAGCACCCCAGAUGCCUCUGAUGUCAGCUCUCUCUGUGAGUGUACGAGUCUCAGUGGGAACUCA